CUCCCCGUAGCCGCUUUGUCCCGGGUGACGGCGGCUGAGGUUGCGGGGAGGAGCAGGCGGGAGGCAGAGACCCGCAGACCCAAGACCUGGAGGUCUAGAGGCGGGACUCGCCGCGCACGGCCCCACGCCCAAGCCCGCGGGCACUGUGCCGGCACCUACGCGCGCUCGCUCGCUCGCACCGGCCAGCAGGUGAGCAGACAGUGCCGCACCCGCUGCCGCUGGCCCUGGAGGACUGACCCAGCAGCCCCAGAAGCUGCUGUCGGCACAUCGCGGACGCCCAGCAGGAAUGAGGGGGGAAUCUUACUUCGUUGGAAUGAGGAACCUUGGACAGCCAGGGUACAUCCCAGAAGAUGGAGGACUUUUCUUGCUCUGCUGCAUAGACAGAGAUUGGGCUGUAACUCGUUGUUUUGCUGAGGAAGCCUUUCAAGCUAUCACUGACUUCAAUGACCUCCCCAACUCAUUGUUUGCAUGCAACGUCCACCAGUCAGUGUUUGAAGGAGAAGAGAGCAAGGAAAAGUUUGAGGGACUGUUUCGAGCUUAUGAUGACUGUGUGACGUUCCAGCUAUUUAAGAGUUUCAGACGUGUGCGAAUAAACUUCAGCAAUCCCAAAUCUGCAGCCCGAGCCAGGAUAGAGCUUCAUGAAACCCAGUUCAGAGGGAAAAAGUUAAAACUCUACUUUGCACAGGUUCAGACUCCAGAGACAGAUGGAGACAAACUGCAUUUGGCUCCACCACAGCCAGCCAAACAGUUUCUCAUCUCACCCCCUGCAUCUCCUCCCGUUGGCUGGCAGUCUAUUAGUGAUGCCACACCAGUCCUCAACUACGACCUCCUCUAUGCUGUGGCCAAACUAGGACCAGGGGAGAAGUAUGAGCUUCACGCAGGGACUGAGUCUACCCCAAGUGUCGUGGUACAUGUGUGUGACAGUGACAUAGAAGAAGAAGAGGAUCCAAAGACUUCCCCGAAGCCCAAAAUCAUCCAAACCCGGCGUCCUGGCCUGCCACCUUCUGUGUCCAACUGAGCUCACCACUCGGCCUCGAUGAGAAUACCUGUCUCCUCUUUAUCAUCCUUACCCCCACCCUGUUGUUUGUCAAAAAAAAAAAGAAAAAAAAAAAAAAGAAAAAAAAAGCCUUUAAAUCCCUGGGUGUUUGGUUGUUUGAGAUUCCUUGUAAUCAAGCCUCUCGGACAUAAGGGCUAGGAAAAGGUGAUAUGUUUCCUGAUCAUAUCAUACUCAUCAAGUAUAAUCUACUAUUUAGAAGGAUCUAGGGAAAAAAUGUAGUAUUUUCUUAUUCAAUAAUCAGCACAGUCUAUAUCUUCAUUCUCUCAUGUUGAUCUAAGCCAGAGACAUCAGUAAGUAGCAAAUAGCCACUGUGUUGUUUUUGAGCUGUUUUAAUCCCAGUCCUGAUGUGUGUGUGUGUGUGUGUGUGUGUGUGCGCGCGUGCUUUUUUUUUCCUGGCCACUUAAGUAGGACCAUAAGUAAACUUGACUUUGACUGCAUGAGAUACCCUUAUCUGGUCUCACUCAGUCCUCUGCAUCCCAACAUUCCCAGGACAUGCAUGAUCACCAGCAUUUAUUUUCACGAUUUGAAGAUGUACUAUAUAACUCACAAUUGUCAGCAUCCAACCAUGUCCUAUCUAGAUUAGGAAAAUUAUCAGCAUUGUCCAGCUAAACAAGUCUGGGUAUACUCACUAUUUUGAGUCAGUACUUCAUAGCUCUGUUAAAAUUUCUUGAGGCAUAACUGAGCUUAGCCCCAAAGAUGUUCCUUAGUAGAUUUUGAACACUGCUUCCAUUUAGAUCUUUCCCAGUCUCGUUGGGGAGGCUUGUCCAGGGUGAUAGAGAUUGAUUUCAGAUGAACCUAUUUAUUACAAAAAGUUUCAUGGUGUCUGAACGAUUGUUUUUUCUCUUUGUAUAUUUGUACAGAUGUUUCAGCUAUGCUUUUAAAAUCUGGAUGUUUUUUAUUUAGUGAUUAUUCAGCAAUUAGCUGCUUAAAAAUAUAUGUGCAUUGCUUAUAAAUGCAUUCAUAUACUAGUACAAGUAAUCUGAUACUAUUACACUCUAUUGUGGAUAAUGCUGAAUUUUGAAAGGGCACAGAACUUCUCACGCCAGUAUACAUAAAUGAUUAGACAACAUCUUUGCUAUUAAGCCCACUUGUUUUUAAAUAAAGAUGCAAGUGUCAGCUGUAGACAAUUUGGAUGAGAUUAAAUCUUUAGAAGGCAGCAGUCACUGAGCAUAUCAAUGGGUGAAAGAAUAUAAAUAUAUGCCAAGCCUACUAAUGCAAUGUCUGUGUUGCUCAAAAAAUUAUUUGUUUCCAUUACAUGUGAUUUUUCUAUUUCUCUAGCCCAAAGUGCAUUACAGAAGAUACACCUAUAGAACCAUUACCUUCUGCUCUAUGUGCCAGGCCUCGUCGACUCCUGUACAUUAACGAAUUGCUUUAGAUGCAAAUGCCAAUUACAGUGGAGUGGGGAAAUACUUUUAUUGCCCAAGCCUCAGAAAAACAGACAGGAACAGCAACACAGCCAACAGGUGGAAGGAUUGUUAUGGUUUUUUGACUAAGGUGUAUGUUAGUUUCAUCAGAAACUUAAUACAUAGACUGAUCACUCAGAAAUUAAAGUCCGUUCUACUGUGAAUAUAGCAAUAUAGUACUGGACACAGUACAGGUGAAACUGAGGACAGAAUUGCUUAUAAAAUCCUGAGUUUCCAUUCAAAGGCUCCUUUAGAAAAUAAAAUCUGAGGAGUGUAUAAUAAGCUCUGACUUUCCUUGCUGUGGAGGUUUUUGGUUAUUCAUCCGGAAUAGUGGUGAAAUUCUGCCCUCUAGCGGUGAAAAUAUUGCUUCAGCUGUUCAUAGGAAGGAACUGCAGCAGUCAGCCAUUUUGUGCUAAGCUUUUUCUCAACCUUCUGUAGACUUUUUAACUUAUCCAUAAUUUUCAGAAUGUAGGUUCUAAAGAAAUCUGGGUGAGAGAAAAUGUUUGGAAAUGAUCGUUGAAUGUUUUAAAAGAGACACAUCAGACUUUCCCAGACAAACUCAGUAAAAGUUGAAUCGACCAUUGUUAAUUUAGUCAUAAAAUUAAAUGAAAUUAAAUUAAACUCAGCGUAUAAUACAAGUGGUUAUAGUCUUAGUGAAAUUUUCGGAGAAGUGUCUCUGUUAAUCCGUUUCAGAUCAAGUAAAUUUUUUCGUUAAGUUGAUCUUUCACAGGGGAAAGAGUAGCUCUUUCAAUGAAGGAGUCAAUUGCUUCAGUGGAGCCUCCUAGCACUGUGAAAGUCAGAAUUGCCUCAGCAUUUCCAUGAUGUGCAUUAUGCAAACCUCUUUAGCACUAUUUUCAGUUUGAAAAGUUUAACAGUGGAGGGGGAGGGGGAGAUUUCCACCAACUGAAUCAUUUGUGCACGUGUAUACCUCAAAGAGUUUAGACUUCAAAUAUACCUGGUGAAUGAC